AUUGUGGGCACAUGCGCUGUUCUUGUGGAUGAGCCGGUGUAUCAUGGCGACAUACGUGGAUAUUCUGAAGAGCGAGUUUCCCGAAAUUGACACCGAAGUGUUCGAAUAUAUCACGGGUGUGUUGGACUGUGGAGGGGCGGAGUUUGAGGAUGGAGAGGAGGUGUAUGAUGCGAUUGGUGGGCUGCUGCAGGGGUCAUCGGCUGACUGUAAAAACGAGGAUGACAUCCGGGACAUCUGUCAGCAGAUGUUCAACACUCUUAAACUGAGUAACGGCCAUGCCGCUUCAAAGCAAGUGCUGCUCGACACUCCGGUGCAGUUGUCUCAGAUAUCUGCAGAGUGUGUAUCUGUCACUAACGAUGUCCAAGGGAUCUGGAUGAUGAAGAGGGGCCAGAAUACAACGGUGGACGCGAGGAAGCUAGAGAAGGCCGAAGCCAAGCUGAAGCAAAAACAAGGGAGGCGGAAUGAACGGGAUUCGCAAAAAACAACUAGUCCACUGGUACUGGAGGAGGCAUCAGCCAGCCAGGCCAGUAGCAAAAAGGACAGUCGCGUCGACUUGUCCGGGAAGAAUCGCACCUACGACAUCCGCAUCGAGAACUUUGACGUGUCGUUUGGCGAGCGGUCCUUGCUGCAGGGGGCGGAGCUGUCGCUGUCGACAGGUCGCCGCUACGGCCUGAUUGGCCGCAACGGCCUUGGGAAGACCACGCUACUGAAGAUGCUGGCGAGCCGCAGCCUGCGCGUCCCCGCCCACAUCACGAUCCUGCACGUGGAGCAGGAGGUCGCUGGUGACGACACAGGGGCGCUGCAGAGCGUGCUUGAGAGCGACACGGUCCGGGAGGGGCUCCUGACGGAGGAACGCCUGCUGAAUGCGCGCAUAGCCAACGGAACUGCUGAAGGAAUGGAGACUGUUCGACUGUCGGAGAUCUAUGCUAAACUGGAGGAGAUUGAAGCAGAUAAGGCACCUGCCCGUGCUUCAAUCAUCCUAUGUGGUUUAGGUUUUUCUCCCAAAAUGCAAACGCUGACAACCAAGGAGUUUUCUGGAGGGUGGCGAAUGAGAUUAGCUCUGGCUAGAGCGCUCUUCGCCAAGCCUGAUCUUUUGUUACUUGAUGAGCCCACCAACAUGUUGGAUGUCCGAGCCAUUCUUUGGCUGGAGAAUUACCUGCAGACCUGGCAGACCACCAUCCUGGUGGUGUCCCACGACCGGAACUUCCUCAACGCCGUGGUGACUGACAUCAUCCACCUGCACUCGCAGCGGCUGGAGAGUUACCGCGGCGACUACGAGAACUUUGUCAAGACCAAAGAGGACCGCCUGAAGAACCAGCAGAGGGAGUACGAGGCCCAGUUUCAGUACAGAGAGCACAUCCAGGUGUUUAUCGACCGGUUCAGAUACAACGCCAACAGGGCGGCACAGGUGCAGAGCAAACUGAAGCUCUUAGAAAAACUGCCUGAACUCAAACCUCUGGAGAAGGAAACCGAAGUCACCUUAAAGUUCCCUGAUAACUUUGAGAAGCUGUCUCCCCCGGUGCUCCAGUUGGAUGAGGUGGAGUUCUACUAUAACACUGACCAGCGCCUCUUCACACAGCUGUCUGUGUCUGCAGACCUGGAGUCUCGCAUCUGCAUCGUGGGUGAGAACGGGGCGGGUAAAUCCACCAUGCUCAAGCUACUGAUGGGAGAGUUAACACCUGUCAACGGCAUCAGACACGCCCAUCGGAACCUGAAGAUCGGUUAUUUCAGUCAGCACCACGUGGAUCAACUGGACCUCAACGUGUGUUCAAUUGAGCUGCUACUCAACAAAUUCCCAGGUCGUAACGAGGAGGAGUACAGACACCAGCUGGGUGGCUAUGGAAUAACAGGGGAGCUGGCAACUCGGCCUGUGGCCAGUUUGUCAGGAGGGCAGAAGAGCCGGGUUGCCUUCGCUCAGAUGACAAUGCCUUGCCCCAACUUCUAUAUCCUUGACGAGCCAACCAAUCACCUGGACAUGGAAACGAUCGAGGCUCUAGCGAAAGCGCUCAACAAAUUCAAAGGUGGAGUGGUCCUUGUCUCUCACGACGAGCGUCUGAUCCGGCUCGUGUGCAGAGAGCUGUGGGUCUGUGAGCACGGGAACGUGCGGCGAGUGGAGGGGGGCUUCGACGAGUACCGGGAUAUCUUGCAAGAACAGUUCCGCAAAGAGGGCUACCUGUGAGUGGUAACUCACCCAUUACGCCAACUAUGACAGGCAUGCCAAGUUGCCAAUUGACUUCAAUAACCUAAACCCCCCCACUCUUCACUCCCUGACUGCCAAUCAUCAUCCCCGGGGGGAGAACUGAGUUUAACUGUCCCGGCAUCCUCUCUGCUCCCCCACACUACCGUUUUUGUUUUGUUUGUGAUUUAGUUCGGCCCGACAGUUCAAAGUGGCGUACUCUUGUCCAUUGUCCUGAAGCAGACACGUUUUAGGGUACACGGAGGGUACAAAAUCUGUCGAAUAUCGAUUGUGUGUGUACUCUGAAACUGCCUCCGGCCUCACCACUAAACCUUUCUGAUCAUAAUAGUUGGAGCUGGUUUGGUUCACUUAACAUCAAGGAGGAUAUUCCAUCCUGUGAAGGUGGGGGUGCUGUACCCUCUAACUGUUAACCCCAUGUGGGCAGCCAUCUUGGAAUAACGCUACAUCCGUUUAGCUCUCAUUAAUAUCAGUGAAGGGAUGAAUGUCUCCAUUUCUUCAUCCAUGUUGAAAAUGUGUGUGAUUGAGUGCGAGAGAGGAUAUAUUUCAAGUGAUAUGGGAUGAUGUUUCUCCUGAACAUGUGUGCUCGUGAUGGAGAGGGAUCAUCUCUUAAUCAGUGGAACCUGGGGCUGAGCUGAAAUGGCACCCUGUUCCCUACAUAGUGCAGUAUUUUGGGAACAAGCCAAAAGUGCACCAUCGCGUCAUUUCAGACACCCCUGGUCGUGUUCACUGGGCACCAAACAGAAGAAAACAGUCUGAAACGGAGGGACUACGUGGACUUGUUCAAUAAGAAACGCUCCUUUUCUGUUCCAAAUGUUUUCUGUUGCGUUCCCUAAUGAACACGAUCCUGGAAACAUCCAUAUGUGUUAGCAUGGGAACCCACCAGCACAACAACAACUUGUACAACAGCAGCAGCUGGCUCCAGCUCUCUUGGGAAGAAGCAGCAGUAUCUCCAAGUAAAGAGGGGUAUUAUAUUAUAUAUAUAUAUAUAUAUAUAUAUACAUCUUAAAGACAAUUAUCAGAAUAAAAAAACGAAAUUCCUUCUGCUUCAACGUUAUAUCACUAACUUAUAAAUAGCUGUUUAAAGAACGAUUCAAUCAUAACGCCAUGCUAAAUAAAAAGCUUUAAUCAUCCAUUC